AUGGAUCUGAAAGCUACUGCGCUCCUGAAGCUCAUAUACCUCGAAAUGUUCGGCCACGACAUGUCUUGGGCGUCGUUCCAUGUGCUGGAGGUCAUGUCAUGCCCACGAUAUCUCCAAAAAAGGGUUGGGUACCUCGCGGCAGUCCAAAGCUUUCGUCCCGACACAGAGGUCUUGAUGCUUGCCACAAACCUACUAAAAAAGGAUGUGUCUUCCCCACUGGCGCCCACAAUGUCCUUACCUUUGGUGACUUUACCUCACAUCAUCACAUCCUCCUUGGCGCUUUCUCUUCUGUCAGACUUGUUGCCAAGAUUAUCGCACUCGAAUCCAAAUAUACGGAAGAAGACGGUCGCUACUCUGUAUAGGCUUGCGUUGGUAUAUCCUGAUACGUUACGGUCAGCUUGGCCGAAAAUAAAGGAUCUUCUCAUGGAUGAGGAUGAAGACUCGAGCGUCACAGCUGCAGUAGUGAAUGUUGUCUGCGAGUUGGGUUGGAGAAGACCAAGAGACUUCCUUGCCUUGGCCCCCAGGCUCUUCGAUUUACUGGUCGAUGGGGGCAACAAUUGGAUGGCCAUCAAAAUCAUCAAACUUUUUGCAACGCUGACACCAUUGGAACCUCGCUUGAUUAAAAAACUAUUGCCUCCUCUUACCAAACUCAUUCGGACAACGCCGGCCAUGUCACUCCUCUAUGAGUGCAUCAAUGGCCUGAUACAGGGAGGUAUCUUGGAAGGUACGGAUGGGGCUAGAGAAGGGGAGGAGAUUGCUUCUUUGUGCGUCGGGAAGCUUCGAGGAAUGAUCGUCGUGGAAGGAGAUCCCAACCUGAAAUACGUAGCACUUCUCGCAUUCAACAAGAUUGUGUCGUCACAUCCACAUUUAAUAUCCAUGCAACAAGACGUGAUCAUCGGUUGCAUUGACGAUCCUGACGUUUCAAUACGACUACAAGCUCUUGACCUUGGUUCUGGCAUGGUCAACAUUGACAAUAUGAUAGCUGUCGUUGAGCGCCUUAUGCAGCAACUCCGUAACGCACCUAUUGCCAGUAGACGCGUUGACGAUGGUCGAAGUCACACCGUUAGUGUUGAACCUGCGGCAGACUCAGACGGAGAGGAUCCAGAAGAAACUCUGCGACCUGCGGCAGAAUCGCAGGAUGAGACUACUGCAUUGCCAGCCGAGUACAGAACCAUCAUUAUACAUCAGAUACUUGAUAUGUGCUCUAAGGACACAUAUUCAAACAUCACUGAUUUUGAAUGGUAUAUUGAUAUAUUGAUACAGCUGGUAAACCUGGUGCCUAUCACCGGUCAAUCUACCCCUGAGCUAUACGGAAGCAGUGGGCGCACUCUUAAAAACUCAUCUACGUCACAUGAGGCCGACGCAUCCAGUGCCAUCGGCUGGGAGUUACGUAAUGUUGCUGUGAGGGUGAGCACAGUGAGAGCAGAGGCUGUCAGAGCUGCAAAUUCUCUCCUAAGCGUGUCUGGGAGCGAAGGUUUCUUUGCUCUCAAAGGUGCUGGCGGCGAGGGCAUACUCACAUUCGUGGCUUGGAUUGUCGGCGAGUACGUUGACGGUUCCGUCUCAUCGUACCAUAGCUUGGAUUCUCUUAUACAUCCCAAGGUCCAAUCACUUUCGCCUAUGGUCAUUUGCGCAUACCUUCAAGCCAUUCCCAAGGUGCUUACCUCUAUCGUGUCGCAAAGAUUGCUCGAUUGGAGCUCUGAGCAUAAAACGAUGAUGUCUCUGCUAGUGGCGCGGGUCAUUCACUUCCUUGAACCCUUGGCAAUGCACUCAAACCUUGAAGUUCAAGAAAGAUCUAUUGAACUUCUGGAGUUAAUGAGGGUGGCUUCCCAAGCUAUCACUAGCCACGGCUUAGAAAACGACCGUGGGCCUCUUCUCCUUACGCGAGCCAUGCCACAACUCUUCACUGGCUUCGAGCUGAACCCAGUAGCUCCGACCGCCCAGCGAAAAGUGCCUUUGCCGGAUGAUCUAGAUCUCGGAGCUCCUAUCAACAAGAGUCUUCCACGCCUUCUGCAGCUUGCAGACCAGGGUCCCCUAGCUGAAUCCGAGGCCGCGGAAUUCGACUCCUUUUACAAUAAACGCCCGCUCCCAAGAGUUGCCACUGGCCCGACCUUCAAUUCAUUAGCAUCUCUUGGGCCUGAACCAUCAUCAUAUCAGCAAACAGGAGACAGCAUCCCAGACACGGACACAGUUAUGCGCAAACGUAACCAACGGCGGGAGAGAAAUAAGGACGAUCCUUUUUACAUAGGAAACGAUGAUGUGUCUUCUGGUACCUCGACUCCGUUCCAUGAUAUUUUAAGGAGCGCAAACGGGGAGGACGUUGACGUUGAUUCCAUUCCGAUCAUGAACUUAGAUCUUGGGGACAAGACUCUGACAGCUGAUGGCUCUAAUAUGGAGACUCGAAGGCAGAAGCGCAGGCUGCCCAAGAAAUUUGACAUUGUCAAAGAUGAGAACAUCGAAUACGAAGAUUCAGGAGUGGCUCAAUCCGAAACAGCUUCUAUGGGCACGAUGAACGAUAACGGUCCAUUUCAACAGGCGCGCGACAAAACGAAGAAGUCUCUACUUCAGGUCGAUUCAAGAGGGCUAGGUAGCUUCUCACUUGACAAUUCUGAGAGUGUCGCUGAGCAGCUCGACAUCGAGAGACAAGAGGCGCAAGACACAGAGAUGGCCAAAGCGCUUGCUGAAGUAGAGCGUCUACGUCUAGAAAUGCAGCGUGCCUCUGAGCGUAUCCAAGCGACAGACGGGGCUCCGGCAGAGGGCACGUUGGUCAAGAAGAAAAAGAAAAAGAAGCUGAAGCAGCUAACCGGAGACAUAGAGGCUCAAUUCCGGAAGCCUAACCCGGAAGCUGAUGGCGGUCCAGUUCGAGGCUCUCAAGAUGCCGAUGCUACUCUUAUAGCAAAGAAGAAGAAAAAGAAGAGGAAACCUGAGAUCACAAGGCCUGAUGAUGAGAAAGAAUUGAGAGCUUUUGAGGGUGGUCAAGAUGCUUCAUCUUUUCGAAGUCAAGCGGUGCUGUGA